UCCUUUAUUCCCUUUUCUUCCUCUGCUCUCUCUAGCUUCCUAAGUUUCUUAAAAUUGUUUCGAUUUGUGCCCUUUUUAUUCCCAUAAUUAUAUUAGACCCCCCUGACCCAGACCGGUCGAACCGAUGGAAUUCCUUGCAGCCCUCGAGGGAUGGGAGCCUCGGCCGGCUGUCAAGCCGGAACCAUCCGGCCCGGCCAAGACGCCCGAAGAGGAGCGGCGGUUAAGGAGGAUGAUAUCGAACCGUUUGUCCGCUCGACGGUCGAGGAUGCGGAAACAGCGACACCUCGACAACCUCCAGAGUCAUCUGAACCGGCUGAAAUCAGAAAACCAGGAUUUAACGAACCGCCUCGGUGCCUUGGUUCACUACUCCCUUCUCCUGAGGGGUGAAAACGACCGGCUUUUGUCCGAGUGGACCGUUCUGUAUAACCGGCUCACCGAAAUCGAACAUGUCAUCCGUUUCCGACAGUUUCAGCGGCUGAGUUCGCUGACGACCGCCGCCAUCUGCGGUGGUUUCGGAUCAAGCGCCACCGUUGGAGAACCCAAUAUCUCGUCGUUAAUCGUAUAAAGAACAAGCUAAUCGCCAACUUAAACCCAAAAAGCCCUCUCCUAUAAAUUUAUGAAAGAGGAGGACGUAAAUGAUAGCUCGUAUCUGAGACAAAAAGCCUCGUCGUUAAGAUCUUUUAUGUUUUUUUGAGAAAUAGGGUUGUUAUGUAAAAAGAGAAUAGUAAGGUAGUUUUUAGUAAGUUUGAAAAUGCAAGACGGUGACGUUUGGUUUCUUAUUAUAAUAUCACAAAUUUGUCAA